UCGGAGCUAAAGAUUCGGAUUCAGCUCCAUCUCCAGCACGUUUUCAGCUCUCCAGAGGCAUAGAUGCUCCAGGUUCAAAAGUCCUAGAAGAUCAGUGACACCUCCAAGAGCUGAAAGGAUGCUUCUUUACUACUCCUAACAGCAUUUGGGGACUCUGCUCCUUUUUCAGGACUGAAAGAGCCUAUUUGCCUUCUGCUGUCUCCAUCCUUGUCCCAUCCUCCUCUCUGCUUGUGGUAACAAUGGACCCUAUGGAGCCCCCCGUGCACAUUUUCCGUGAGGAGCCACCCUCCACCUGCUCUCCAGGUCCCUGCCUCCUCCCCAGCAGCAGCAGCUGGCUCCUGGACUGGGCCGAAUAUGGCAACAAUGCCAGUGGUGGCUUUGAAGACCUGCAGCAGAACCAUACCAACAUUUCCCCAGCUAUCCCCAUUAUCAUCACUGCUGUCUACUCUGUGGUCUUUGUGGUUGGCUUGGUGGGCAACUCUCUGGUCAUGUUUGUCAUCAUAAGGUAUACAAAGAUGAAGACAGCAACGAACAUUUAUAUUUUCAAUCUGGCUAUGGCAGAUGCUUUAGUUACUACGACUAUGCCUUUUCAAAGCACUGAAUACCUGAUGAACUCUUGGCCAUUUGGGGAUGUGCUGUGUAAAAUAGUUAUUUCAAUUGACUAUUAUAACAUGUUUACCAGCAUAUUCACAUUGACCAUGAUGAGUGUUGAUCGAUACAUUGCUGUGUGUCACCCCGUGAAAGCCCUGGACUUCCGCACUCCUCUCAAGGCAAAGAUAAUCAAUAUCUGUAUCUGGCUAUUGUCCUCAUCUGUUGGUAUAUCUGCCAUAGUCCUUGGAGGCACCAAAGUCAGAGAAGAUACUGCUAGUACUGAAUGUUCUUUGCAGUUUCCAGACACUGAUUAUCUGUGGUGGGACAUCUUCAUGAAAAUCUGCGUCUUUGUCUUUGCAUUUGUUAUUCCAGUUCUCAUUAUCAUUGUUUGCUAUACCCUGAUGAUCCUGCGCUUGAAGAGCGUACGACUUCUCUCAGGGUCUCGAGAAAAAGACCGAAACCUUCGUCGGAUCACCAGAUUGGUGCUUGUCGUUGUGGCAGUUUUCAUUAUCUGUUGGACUCCCAUUCACAUUUUUGUGCUGGUUGAGGCACUAGGGGAUGUGCCCCAUAGCACUGCAGCAAUCUCCAGCUAUUAUUUCUGUAUUGCUUUGGGUUACACCAACAGCAGUCUAAAUCCUAUCUUGUAUGCUUUUUUGGAUGAAAACUUCAAGCGCUGUUUCAAGGACUUCUGCUUUCCCUUUAAGAUGAGGAUGGACAGGCAGAGCACCAGCAGAGUCAGAAACACAGUCCAAGACCCUGCUUACCUGAGGGAAGUGGAUGGGACAAACAAACCAGUAUGACUAGUCGUGGAGAUGUCAUCUUACUGUCCUCAAGGAAGAGGAGAAUCAAAUGAUCUUGGACUAACUCAAAUAACCACUGUGGUUUGAGACAUUUUUGAUAAUACUUAGGAAUUCUCAUAGUUUGAACUACAAUACGUUAUUUGCUUAGGACAGGGAAUUCCCCAAAAUAAGCUCAAAGAAAAAAGAAGACUGCCAGAUUUUGGAACCAUAUUUACAGUGGAGCUGAGCAAGUGGUAAAAUACCCACUUUCAGCAAGGUAGGAAGUGCUUCAUAUUGUAUCAGGUGACUCUGGACAAGAAAAAAAUUGAACUGUUCUUCUUAUAGCGUA